CAUUGUCGGCGAGAGCAGGCAGGUCUGCAGCCGUCUCAGAGGAUGGACAUCAGGCCGAACCACACCAUCUACAUCAACAACAUCAAUGAUAAGAUUAAAAAAGAAGAACUGAAGAGGUCCCUGUAUGCAUUGUUCUCUCAGUUUGGUCAUGUGGUUGACAUUGUGGCUUUAAAGACGAUGAAGAUGAGAGGACAAGCUUUUGUGAUAUUUAAAGAGCUUGGAUCAUCUACCAAUGCUUUGAGACAGCUACAAGGCUUCCCAUUUUAUGGAAAACCUAUGCGUAUCCAGUAUGCAAAAACAGACUCUGAUAUCAUCUCCAAAAUGCGUGGUACCUUUGCUGAUAAGGAAAAAAGGAAAGAAAAGAAGAAGGCCAAAUCUAUGGAGCUGUCAGCAAAUGCAGCAAACAAAAAGGUUAUCCAGGGGGCAACGCAAAAUGCAGCCAAUGCCCCAGGGACAGCAGCACAGAAUCAGCAGGUGCCUGAUAACCCACCAAACUAUAUCCUUUUCCUUAAUAACUUGCCUGAGGAAACAAACGAGAUGAUGCUGUCCAUGUUAUUCAAUCAGUUUCCUGGAUUCAAAGAGGUGCGCUUGGUGCCUGGGCGCCACGACAUUGCGUUUGUGGAGUUUGAAAAUGAGAAUCAAGCAGGAGCUGCUCGAGAUGCCCUCCAGGGAUUCAAGAUCACUCCAUCUCAUGCCAUGAAAAUCACUUAUGCAAAGAAAUAAACGGAUGCUCCUAGAAAGGACUUCUGUGGAGAACUGCUCUCAUGAUACGCUGAUACUUGGAUCAGCUGCCAUCAUGCUCUUCUCUCCAGAAAACUUACAGACUUGUGUACAAUUGCCACAGUGGCCUGAACAGAUGUAGAAUUUUCACAUGUCUACUGGAGAGUAAAUUUUUG